UUCCCCUGCACUCUACCGCCGAGAAGAACUCUUGUGUGCCAACUACCCAUCCUUCGCCCCUUCGUCUCCUCCAAAUCUCAAACACCCGCAACGCAGUUCUCCCCUUUCGCUCGUCCCCAGCUCUCACCGCCAAAUCGGAAUCGCAGCCCCAACCGAUCUGCAUCCAGUGAGCAAGCCCGCCGCCAGCCUCUGCCCUCUGCCCAUGGAGCCCGCCGCCAUCACCGGGGCACAAUGGGUGGUGGGCAAGGCGCUGAGCCCUCUCUCCGACGGCCUGGUGGAGGCGUGGGCGGCCACCUCGGAGCUCGGCCCCAACAUCGAGGCCCUCAAGAUGGAGCUCCUCUACGCGCAGGCCAUGCUUGAGAACGCCCGCGGCAGGGAGAUCCCCAGCCAGGCGCUUGGGGAGCUGCUGCAGAGGCUGCGGGGACUGGCGUACGGCGCCGAUGACGUGCUGGACGAGCUCGACUACUUCCGCAUCCAGGAUGAACUCGAGGGCACCUUCGAAGCCGCUGUCGACGACGACGGCCGCGGCUGUUUCCACAACCUCGUCCGCGAUGGUCGGCACACGGCCAAAGCUGCCGCCAAGCAGCUCGGGUGCUGCUCCUGCUCUGCUCUGAUCCACGACUACAAACCAGAGGACCCCUGCAAGUGCGUGCGCCGGCUCGCUUCACGUGCCCACGCCGUCGGUAAACGAUUUCUUUGCUCUUCUCCUCAAUUAGUUCGUUGUGAUGGUCGAGGUGACGAUAAUAGGCAUGCCCCCAGAGUACCAAAGUUGAAAUUUGAUAGAGUGGAUGUCUCUAGAAAGAUGAAGUGUAUAGUAGAGCAACUAAAGCCCGUGUGUUCUAAGGUCUCCUCCAUCCUUGAUCUAGAGUUGUUGGGCUCUGCCGUUGCCAAGCUAGAGUUGUUGGGCUCUGCCGUUGCCAAGCUAGAGUCACUGGGAUCUAACCGUGCCAUGGGUAAUGUUGCUUCUUCAACUACAAGUAGAUCCAUAACCACCUCACAAGCUUUAGAGCCUAAAUUGUAUGGGAGGGAACCCGAGAAGAAAACCAUUGUUGAGGAUAUUACAAGGGGUGCAUACAUUCACAGAGAUCUCACCGUUGUUCCUAUAGUUGGUCCUGGGGGCAUAGGUAAGACGACUCUCACACAGGACAUAUAUAACAGCCAAGAAGUGCAAGACCAUUUCCAGAUUAGAGUCUGGAUUUGUGUAUCUCUUGACUUCAGUGUGUAUAGGUUGACACAAGAGAUUCUCAGCUCCAUCCCUAAAGCCGAGGACGAAAAGAACGAAAGAACAGAUGAUGCGAUAAAAAACUUGGACCAACUUCAGAAAUUGGUUCAAAGAAGAUUAAAAAAUAAAAGAUUUUUACUUGUUUUGGAUGAUAUAUGGAGUUAUGGUAACGAAGAUGAGUGGAAAAGAUUUCUAGUUCCCUUUACAGAAGAGCAGGGAAAAGGUAACAUAGUUCUAGCCACAACUCGAUUCCUUCAUGUAGCUGAAAUAGUUAAGAAAGGAGAUAAAUCGUUACCACUAGAAGGUUUGGGACCGAAAGAUUAUUGGAGACUUUUUCUAGCGUGUGUAUUUGAUGAACGUAAUCAACAAUGUAAUGAUGGAGAGUUGCUUCAAAUAGGGAAAAUGAUUGUUGAAAAACUGAAGGGUUCUCCGCUUGCAGCAAAAACCGUGGGUAGGUUACUGAGAAAAAACCUAACUGUAGAUCAUUGGACAAGAGUUCUUGAAAGUAAAGAAUGGGAAUCACAGACCAGUGAUCAUGAUAUUAUGCCCGCACUGAAGCUUAGCUAUGACUUCCUCCCGUUUCAGCUGCAACAAUGCUUUUCGUGCUGGGCAUUAUUUCCGGAGGAUUACAAGUUUGACUGUGAGGAGCUAAUUCACUUCUGGAUAGGACUAGACAUUCUACGUCCAAGUCACACAACCAAAAGAAUUGAAGAAAUAGGACGCAACAACUUGAACGAGUUAGUUAGUUAUGGAUUUUUCAUCGAAGUAACUGGAAAAUCGGACAAACAGUACGUUAUGCAUGACCUGCUACACGAUUUAGCAUUAAAGGUUUCCUCACAAGAAUGUCUACAUUUAGCUUCUUCUAGUCCAAGACCAGUAGAAAUUGCACCAUCUAUCUAUCACUUGUCGAUUAGUUUGAGCCCAGCCAAUAGUGGGGAUGGAAUUAUGGAUGAAAAAUUUAAGAAAGAACUGGGUAAAAUAAAGAACAUAUUGAAAUCUGAGAACCUGCACACUUUGAUGUUGUUUGGAGAUUAUGAUGCAAACUUUCUUCGCAUAUUCAGUGAUUUGUUCAAAGAUGCAAAAAAAUUGCGUGUUGUCCAUUUGUCAACAAUGUACUACUCUGUGGAGUCUCUGUUGCACAACUUCUCAAAACUUAUCCAUCUUCGCUACCUACGGCUUGUGCCACAGUUUGGUAGUAAAGAACAUUUACCAAGCAGUAUAUCAAGAUUCUAUCAAUUAAGAGUCCUAGACAUAAGGCGUGGUUCUCAUAGUUCGCUCAGAGAUAUGUCCAACCUUGUAAAAUUGCGCCAUUUCCUUUCUUAUAAUGUUGAACACCACUCAAACAUUUCUAACGUGGGAAAACUAGAUAGCUUACAAGAGCUACAGAGAUUUGAAGUCAGAAAAGAGAGUAAUGGUUUCGAAUUAAGGGAGUUGGGUCAUCUAGAAGAGCUAGGAGGAUCACUUGGCAUUUAUAAUCUUGAGAAUGUACAAGCAAGUGAGGCACAUGAAGCAAAGCUAAUGUAUAAAAGACACUUGCAGAAAUUAACACUCAGCUGGAACAAAGGCCGAUCUAAUACAAAUCCUGAUGUUGAAGAUCAAAUACUUGAGAGCCUUCGACCACAUAGCAAUCUUCAUGAAGUGUGCAUUGAUGGACAUGGAGGCGUUACUUGUCCAACAUGGCUGGGUACAAACCUUUUCACAAAAGGUUUGGAAGCUCUCCGCCUAGAUGGUGUAGCUUGGAAAUCACUUCCACCUCUUGGAGAGAUGUGGCUGAUCGACGAGUCUGGCGAAGAGUAUUUUGGUUGCAUUAGAGGCCUUAACUUUGAUAACUUGAGAAGGCUAGAACUCAUUGGGCUGCCAAGAUUUAGAAAAUGGGUAGCAAAUGAAGUUUGCCCUUGGUACUUCUCACUUAUAGAAGAACUCACCGUGGAGGAUUGUCCUGAACUAACGGAGUUACCAUUUUCAAAUUCUAAUUGCUACUCUUCGGAAGGAGAUGUGAAUGGGACUUGUUUCCCUAGACUAACAACGCUUAAAAUUUGGAAUUGUGAAAAACUGCUGUCACUGCCUCCUCUUCCUUACGGUCACACUUUGUGCUCUGUUAGUCUGAGACGUGCAGGAAGAGAUUUGAAGCGGUUAAGUUACAGUAACACAAAUUUGAGCUCUUUUUUGACCAUUGAAGGAAAUGAUGAUCUGCCUAAGCUAGAUGAAACAGUUUUGGCGUUCCAAAAUUUAACCCAACUGCAGGAACUAUAUAUUGCUGAUUGCCCACCUCUGGCUGAGAAACACCUUCAAAUGCUAACCUCGUUGAAGACCCUUGAAAUAGAUGUUUCAAGGAUUUUGUUCCUGCCGUUAGCAAGAAGUGAUGUGAAAUGGCAGGUUCCAGUUAACACUCUCAUGAUUAGUAAUUCUGAGGCUAGUGGGAAGGAGCUGACACGUCUACUCUCUCGUUUCCCUGAGCUCUUUAACUUGGAAAUACGGGACUGUGAGAAGAUAACGCGGUUGGGCAUUGAGGUCGAGCAGCAGAAACAAAUAGCAGAAGACGUGGUAACAGAGGACGCAGUUGCGGAGCAAGAUGAGGAAGAAGAUGGGCUGCUGCUUUUGGGCCCCCGUCUCACUGGCUCUCUGCAGGAGUUGUGGAUCUCGUCUUGUUCAAAGCUUGUCCUGACUAGUGGGGGAGGUGGGCUCCAAGCCAUGUGCUCCCUCACGGAAAUAACAAUACAAGAUUGCCCCAAGUUUCUCUCCGCCUACAAAACCUCGUCUCUCUGUUCCUCUCGACCUUUCCCAUCCUCACUGCAGCGCCUAUGGCUUGUCGGUCCUAUGGAGGGCAUGGAGACGCUGGCCCCCCUCUCGAACCUCACCUCUCUGGAGGAAUUAAGUCUUGCUAAUCUGGGGGAAGAUUUAAGAUGCGAGGGCCUGUGGCCUCUCCUUGCCCAGGGCCCGCUCAAAGAAUUAUAUGUUUGGAGCCCCAAUUUCUUUGCUGGUUGGGAUCCCGCCUGGGGGGCGACAUCGCAGGAAGAGCAGCCGCUUCUUUCCCCUUCCUCCAAACUGCAGGAACUCUCGACGGACGACAUCGCAGGAGUCCUUGCUGCUCCCAUCUGCCGCCUCCUCUCGUCCUCCCUCACCAAAUUGUCUAUUGUAUCCAACAAAGUGACGGAGCGCUUCACGAAGGAGCAAGAGAAUGCCCUUUCCCUCCUCAGCUCCCUCCAGGAGCUCGAACUUAAAUCGUGUGACAAGCUGCGGUGCCUCCCUGCAGGGCUGAACAAGCUCACCAACCUUCACAGGUUACAGAUCUGGUCCUGUCCAGCCAUCCGGUCGCUGCCCAAGAAUGGCCUCCCCAGUUCGCUGCAGGAGUUAGAUGUCAGUGGUUGCAAAAACAACGAGCUAACGCAGCGAUGCAGACGGUUAAAGGAGACCAUCCCAAACAUCAUAUUAUAGACUAAUCCAAGGGCUCCCUAUCUUGGAAGUUGUACAUUCCUCUAGCCUUGUAGGACUCCAUGUACAGCUCGCGCAUGAGAUGGCCUUGUCUCCUUGUGUGGUAUCAUCUUCACGUACAUAAACCUGGUCUUUAUGCUUGUCCUCGUAGCCUUCUAAUACUUAGUAUUGAUACUUGGAUUGUGACUCAUGAAAACUUGGUGCUCUAGUUCUGAGGCCUGCAUUCCAAAUGCUGCAAAUGUUACUGCAAUGUUUAUGGCCCUGCUAAUCCUUCUAAAAUAUUGCUAUCUUUGUAAAAAACUGUCAUGCAGUCUUGGGAAUGUGUUGUAUUCCUACUGAUGUCGAAUGCUAGUUGUGCUACCGGCUUACUACUUAGAAUUUGCUCUGUCCGGGAACAUGUGUAUUGUUUCCCAGCAAGGCGGUGUAUCUCAAGACUUUGAGAAGGACAUGUUCAUUGAUUCCAAAUAUAGGAAUUUGCACUUCUUGUUGAAGGUUGAAGCUAUCAUAGGCAGGAAUGAUGGCAGUAAUGAACUUUGAGAAGAUUUGCUGUGUGCUUAUGUAGCACUUUCUAAAGCCAAAUACGCAAUAUUCACUGCACACAAAGUAAUGAAGGUUCUAGCUUGGUCUGCAAAAGCUCUCAAGCGAGUCGACGAUGUGCAUGCUGUCAGUUUCAGUUGGAGAGAGAAGCAUGGUACAAACACUGCUGCAUUAUUCCUGGCAGGGGCAGCUGUAGGAAUCUGCCAUUUGUCUUGCACCUGGAAUUCUGGGAGCUGCACUGGCAUUGAUUGGAUGUUUUGCAUGUUGCUGAAGACUGGAUUAAGGAUGCACUUUGCUACUUGGAAGAUAUCUGUGACAACAGCAGAUAAUUCUCUACUUUCAGUCUGCAGGGUAGGAAAUAAUCAAAGAGAAGAAUGCAGAUUUACAGUUAACGAAAGAAUGCUGGCACAAGGAAUGGUACAGAUCUUUAUGCGCAGUUUUGAUGCUAGUUUACUUUGGAUUGUGCAUAGAAUUUAUUUGGUCGCAUUCUAGCCCUCAAACGUCCACAUCGCUUAGAUGAUGAACUUAACUAUACCUUUGAUAGAUAUUGCAAUCUAACUUGUGAGCAUGGUUAGAAAACUCUUUGUCCUUGCCUUUCUAAAUUGAUAGAAGAAGAGAGUUUUGGGUAACACAUGCAAUUAUUGAGGGUAGAGAAUACUUGUCGCUUGAUGCUUGAUGGGAGCUAUUGAGCUAGUGACUUAGGUUCCUGAUUUUAUUCAUAUCUCCUAUUUAAAACCCCAAGAGUCAAGUGUAAUAAGUUGGUGUCACUUGGAUUGGUUUUGAUAGUUAUUUUGUCCCACCAGAGCCAUACAUAAGAAAAAUCGAACAAUCAUCUCUGCAAUCUGAAUAUUCGGCGAGCUUUGUUGAAUUUGAUCCAUCUAGUUUGAAGCUCUUGAAAGCCUGUUAUUUCCUCUGUGUCAUUUCAUCGCUGCCCUCUUCUGCACUUGCCAUUGCAUUUCCUACACUGCCGUCUCCAAUGGCAUAAUCCCUUCACUUUAUAUAAGCCACUCCUCUCUUCUGUGUGUAGAGUUCUAAUUCAAAUCUACUCUCGCUCUCUUGGGAUGUUCAUGAGCAUCUGUACACUCAUUUUAUUGAAUUCAAUAAAGUUCAAUAAACUCCCUCCCUGCAGUCCUUUGUCAAGAGAGCUGUCCAUCUUGCAGGCACCUCAAAAAAAAAAAACGUCCCAGCAAAACUAUAAAAAGGAAAAAAUGAAAGAAGAGUGUGCCCGGCAAUCAAGAGGCUCCUGAUAUUUCAUAAAGCGAGAGAAGUCCAUUAGAGCAUACUUCAUAUCCUUGUGCAAUCAUCAGUUGAUCCCCACUCAGCCACUCUCCAUGUGCUAUCCAUAUCAGAGAACAACGACAUGCAAGUACCAUUCUUUUCUUGUGGGCUUGUUUCCCCUUCUUCCGAUGAAUGGAACGGCAAGAUUUCAUCUUACUAGUUCUGGAUACUUAUUUAACUUUGCAAUAACUGAAUUUCAGAUUUACUUACAACAUUUACCCUGCCAAACUACACAUAAGCCUCCACACAUGUUGUUUUAGUUUUAGGGAGAUCUUGGCCAGUGGCCAUUGAGGACCAAGAUGUGCGAUGAGAGUGAUUCUAGAUCAUGACGAGUGACCCCACUAAAAGCUUGCUCUUUGGACAGGUUUUAGCACUUGUGCUUUUUAAAGGAGAUCAAAACCGACCAGCGACCUUAGUUUUACUUGUUCAUGGUGCCAAAGUCGAGCAAUCUAGUGACUUGAUGUUAAAUACCCUCAAUGUUGCAUGGUUGUGAUACUGUAAACUCUCAUAAAACUAUCACAAACAAUAGAGAGAACUAUCGCGUGCUCACCUAUUAGACUUGCCUGCUUGAUAAAGUGUGGGAAGGUUUGAUUCGAAAGCUCUAAAGUGGUACGACGAAGGCUCAAACGAGUGCACUAGAAUGCGACCAUGUAAAUCUGUGCAUUAUCUGUUGUAAGCUUGCAGGUUUACAAAGCUCACGAACAGCAAAAGACCGCUUCGUCAAAUCAACUGCCUGUUACGAAAGUGUCAAGUCCCAUUUUGCAACAGAGGAAGCUGCACGAUCAAACCAAGUUUCCAGAAUCGUGAACCAAAUGAUGUCAUCGGUGAUGAGGAUUCCACUUACCAUCGUUAGUCAGCUGCAGGUUAACCUAGAAAUUUAUUGCUAUAGUUUUAGUCCAUGAACUAUGUGUUGUGUAAGCCUUCAUCUUGUGUCAACUGAUGAUUCGUCAAACUAUUUUGUAAUCGAAGAGAGGAUUUUACAACUUAUCUUAUGUACAAUGGGUUGCUAACUGGUUUCAUCUUUUUUUC